AUGAAAACGAACAUCCAACAACUUCAAGCACAUAACAAGAUAAUUGAGAAUCAAUUAGCUCAAAUUGCGCAACAAGUUAAAAGUUCAUCCUCCAAUCCUAGCGGUCACUUCCCAAGCUCAACGGUUGUGAACCCAAAGGAGCAAGCAAAGGCCAUUACUUUUAGAUUGAGGAGAGGUUAUGAAGGGUCGGUUAUGAGUGAAGAGGAGCCACAAAAUAGAGAUGGGGGAGUUGUGGAUAUUCUGUCCAACAAGAGUAGGCUUGAGGAGAGUGUAACCAUCUCCCUUCCUAAGGAGGUGAGUGCUAUCAUUCAAAAUAAGCUUCCUCAAAAGCUUGGUAACCCCGGUAGCUAUGCAAUGCCGGUGAAGAUUGGAGACUUGGAAGCUAUGGAUGCUUUGUGUGAUCUUGGGGAAAGUGUGAGCUUGAUGCCCUAUUCUAUUGCAAAGAGUUUGAAAGUUGUAGACUUGAAGCCAAUAAGAAUUUCCUUACAAAUGGCCGACCGCACGGUUAGGCUACCUUUGGGAAUUCUUGAAGAUGUACCAGUUCAAGUCGGGAGACCAUCGAUUGAUGAAGUUCAUAGAGUUGACACAUUGGAAAUGGACUUAGAGGAGUUCCAAGAGAAUUUGAUUGAAGGAGAUCCUUUACAAGCUAUCCUAACGAGAGGCUUAGUUGAGGAAGUCCACAAUGAAAUGAAAAUGGAAGUGCUUAAUAUGGAGGUAAAAGAGAAGAGGACUAUGCCUCCUCAUAAGGUUGAACUUAAACCCCUUCCCCCUCUACUUAAAUAUGCUUUCCUUGAUGAUAGUGAAGCUUAUCCCGUUAUUGUCAAUGCCAAGCUUGAUGAUAUUUCUCUUGAUAAACUCCUAGUUGUUCUAAAGGAGUAUAGAGACGUUAUUGGGUACAAAAUUGAUGAAAAGGGAUAA